AGCCGGACGAGGAGACGCGCGAGCGCAUGGAGCAGCGUGCGGAGAUGCUGAACCGGGAGAUGACUCGGCUGUGGCAGGAGGUAGAGGAGAGGAGCCGCGAGCAGAGCGGCUUUGCUUGGGCAUCCCUGCUCCAUUCUGCCUUACAGCCCUGGCACUGCUGGGCCAUUGCUGGAGUCCUGGUCCUGCUCCUGGGGCUCUGCUGGUGGCUCAGGAAACGGAGCCGUGAGCUCCGAGGUGCAAACGACCUGCGAAGGCUUUUGGCGCGGCAAAUCCAGAGGCCAGUUCAGAACUGGGACAGAGAGAGCGAGGCUGUUAAGUACCUGGUGGAAAGAUUCAUCUUGCUCUUCAAGUAUGUCUUCUUCGAUCCCUGGUACCACGUGCUGGAAGAUGCCAUUGAGGUGGGCAGCGCCUUCGAAGGCUGGAGUCCCCGUCAAGAAGACAUCACCUACCGCCUGCUUGUGCUCCUGAAGCCCCCCCGUGGACACACUUUCCACCUGGAGCCGAGCCACCUGGGGCCGGUGAGGAACUUUUGCGUCCGUGUGGACUUGGUGUGUACCUGUGAGAUGGAGCGGCCGGCAGGAGAGACACGUUGCUUCCUCCACGACCACGAGGAGGAGCAGUGGAGGAACGAGGGCCCCAGCAUCCUACGCGACCUCUGCACUGACUCCUACCUAGAUGUGCAGAAAAUUGCCCGCUGUUUCCAGGACAUGAUGAGACAUUCCUGGAGGAUUCUGCCGGAGUCAGCCACACACCGCCUAACAGUGCUGCCCUCCGACCGCUCCUGCAAAUUCCAGGUGACACAAGGCGGGGGGAAAAGGCUCUUCAUUGAGUUGAUGUUUGGGGUGAGGCAGGGCGACUCGGACAUCUUCGUGAGCAGCCAGAAUACAGAGGCCGCCUACACCCCAAGCACCAUGUGGCCAGAGAGCUACGCUGUGGCAGAGAUGAAGUUCUUCAGGCAUAUUGCCAGGCACGCACACCCUGACAGCAUCCACCUCAGAUGCCUGCAGCUCUGCGCCCGCAGCCUGCUGGACACAGACUUUUCCACCUGCACCUUAAAGACCAUCGUGAUGCACCUGCUGACCAUCAUACCCCCAACAGACUGGAGCAGGAGGGAUCUCUUGGAGCGGCUGGAGGACAUUCUGCAGUACCUGCAGAGCUGCCUGGAAGAUGGAUGCCUGAACCACUUCUUCAUUGGCAAUGACCAAGUGCCUGAGGAGAUCAUCUUGCCCCAGGCUAUGCGAACGGCUGAACCGCUCAACCUCUUCUACCACCUGGAGCAGGAUUCUGAUGCCUGUGAGAACGCGUGGCUUGAGCUUCUGAUGCUGCGACAUCGGCUUCGUACACUGGUGCUCCAGGGACGCUGAAAGAGGUCUUCCUGCACAGAGCUGUGUUUGCGCAGGUCACAGCUGCCAGCAGGCGACCGUGUCUUCCAGGAAAGAAAAGAGGGGAGAAUGCAGGACAGAGAAAGGAAAGGGAACACCGUGUGCAGCAGCCCUCUGCCAGGAGUGGCAGCGUUCCCCUCUCGAUGGUCUCCCCAGCGCAGCAGCCGGUGAUGUCUACACUGGGGACAAAGGGCUCCAUGUGACUCUGUGUGUCCUCUGGGGCCUGGGGGACACUCUGCCCACCCCAAACACUCCCCAGGGAGCUGGUGCCACAGAACCAAGCACACUGGACACGGGGAACACGCUGAUCAGUCAGCAGUGGGAACUGGUGCUGCACCUCUCCUGCCCAGCAAAAGCACACGCUGGGGAGUGGGACCCGAUGCAGCUGAAGAGGCCAUCGCGAGGAGGCUUGUGACAGAGACUCCGUUACCACCUGCACAGCAACCGCACACUUGACUUCG